AUGGAACCUGCGUCCCUGACAAGUCUCCCAGAUGACUUGCUGCUCGACAUUGUCGAAUACCUCGACACGGCCCGAGACACAUCACAUCUCGGGCGAGUCGCCAAACACACGCACCGUCUCGUCCAACAGGCAGGAUGGAAAACGUUUGUCAAGACGAGAUUCCCGUCCUUGAGGGUGCCACACGGCAACGGGUGCUCAUGGAGCGACGCUGCCGAUACAAUUUCCUACCUCGACCGAUGCUGGGACAAGCGCGCCAUCCAGCUCAGCCUAUUCAGAACCCAGCCACGGCCGCGGACAAAGGACGCACCUCGACAGCCGAGGCAGGCGAUUGACUUUCAUGGCAUUGUUGAUGCUCAUUACAUGCCGUCCUUGGAUGAGGAGGUUGUUGCCUGGGGGGCCGGUGAGGAUCUCCAUGUGCGAUGGGGCCGCGAUGCCACGCAGACGUGGAAGAGCGUCCUGGGGGCGAGCAUGAGCACGAAAUACGCCCCCGGCACGGGCGACGCCACGUGCUUGAGCAUCAUUGAGAGGCGUGCCGGGCUUCCAGAGGUUGUGGUCGGGCGAGCGAACGGGGACGUCCAGGUUCUCUCGGCCGCGAACAACAAGUCCUUUGGCCAGCCGACCCAGACGGUCAUCAAGCUGGACGGGCGGCAAGACGCGCACCAACAGACGCCGUUUAGCAUUUCCCCGGGCCGCCUGGCCGUCUCCUGCACGGAAUGGCAGCCCGACACAGACAUGCUGGCGACCUGCCGAAGCUCGCAUCUUCACCUGUACAACAUCCCCCCUGAAAGGGACGCGGACCCCAAACCACUUGCCUACCAUGACUUGUCCAAAGACCGGCCCGGCAACGAGGAGUCUCUGAUUCGAGACAUCAAGUUUCUGGGAAGGACCAGCAUCGCCGUGGCCCUGGGGGCAAGCUCGCAGCCCAUUCAGUACGGCACCAUCCGCCCUACGGGGGUGGACUUUGUGCCGGCGUCACGCAACCCCGACGCAUGCGACAGCCUAGACGGCAGGCUUGAGCUCACGGCACCCGGGGAGGUGACGAGCGUGUGGUCGAUACAGGCGGUCGGGCACAGGGCAAACAGCAACCUCCUCCUGAGUUCCUGGCACGACGGGUCCUUCCGGCUGAUGGAUGUCCGGACGCCCUCGCCCUACGACGCCAUAUACAGGGACAAUUUCCAGCCAUACCACGCCGGCGGGCCCCUGCUCGUCUACGGAACCGAGAGGUUUGUCUCCGGGAACAACACCGCCCCGACACUGAGGCUCUUCGACUUCCGCUUCCCCAAGCCGUACUUUCAUUCCACGGCCCUGCCGUGUUCGCCGCGCGAGCCACGGCCCAGAGUCGCGUGCUCGUCCGGAAAGCCGCUCGACGACAGGACUGCGGUUUGGAGGUGCGAGCCUGGGAGUAGUCGCCGGUGCAACUGGCACGCGGCCAUGGAGUCGCCCUGCUUCAGGCAAGACACCACCCUCUGGCUGGGGCACCGCGGCAUGGACCGUGUCUUCUCGCUGGCAAAGGCGUCGGAUACAUCAGACAAGUUCUACCUGGGGCUGCGGGGAGCCAUUGCGGAGGCGCAGCUGGUUUUGGAGCAGGAUGUCCCUACUCGCCGGCAGAGUGUGCCUCGCUGUCCCGCCGGCUGGCGAGUGUCUGCGGCGCCAAACGCAGCCAUGGCAGACACAGGCAUCAGCUUGUCCACGAGCAGUGUGCACGGGGGGGCUCAUGGGGAUUUACACAACGGCAUGCCUGAGAUGCUGUACCACUAUGAUGGGUCGCAAAGGAAACAGGGCCUUCGUGAAUUACUAGAACCCCCGGAAGGAACGCGGUUUGACACUGCUUGGCGACAGCAGGUGGCGGCUAGGCAUAGAGGACACUGA